AUGGUACACCGGUUAUAGAUUUCUCGUAUGGUUAACAUUAUAUUUAGUGUUAUAAUUAUGAUAAGUAAGAGAAAAUAGUUAACUGUGUGGAUAUAGAGAGAAAGGAAUUAUAUAACGAUGUCGGCUGCUAACUCGACGGUAGAGACAUGCGAAGCCGGGAAAUGGUACUAUUUUCUCUCUUCCAGUUUGAUAACAUUUGGAGGUGGACUGGUUGUCAUUAUAGUGUACAGACUGGUACUGUAUCUGUGCUGUCAGACGAAAACUGGCCAGAGGAAAAGUUCCAUAAUAACACCAAAUACAGCAAUACACGUUGAACCUACAAAGGAUUCAAAAGAGAAAAGUCAGGGGUUGUUUAAUAUAAAGGGUCAUGACCCAGAGGUGGGUUGGCUCACAGAAGCCAAGGAUUGGGCUGGGGAGUUGAUAUCUGGACAGACUACCACUGGUAGAAUCUUGGUAUGUCUGGUGUUUGUCCUCAGUAUUGCAUCAUUAAUAAUCUACUUCAUUGACGCCUCAACGAGUGCUGUAGAGACAUGUGUGCCCUGGGCAGAGAGUACAACACAACAAGUGGACCUGGCUUUCAAUGUUUUCUUCAUGAUAUAUUUCUUUAUAAGGUUUGUUGCAGCUAAUGACAAGCUAUGGUUCUGGUUAGACGUAUUCUCCAUUGUAGACUACUUCACCAUUCCGCCAUCUUUUGUUGCAAUAUAUCUAGACCACAACUGGUUAGGACUGAGGUUUUUAAGAGCACUGAGGUUGAUGUCUAUCCCGGACAUCUUAACAUACCUCAAUAUCCUCAACUCUAAUACUGUGAUACGUCUUUCCUAUCUCGUCUCCUUCGCCCUCAGUUUGUGGCUGUCAGCGGGCGGAUUUCUCCAUCUUCUGGAAAAUUCUGGAGAUUUCUUUUUUGAUUUUAACAACAAGCACGAUCUUACAUACUGGGAAUGUUUGUAUUUCCUUGUGGUUACCAUGUCAACAGUGGGAUAUGGAGACAUAAACGCUGAGACAGUUAUGGGCAGAACAUUUUUGGCAAUCUUCAUCAUUGCCAGCAUUGGUUUGUUUGCCAGUUGGAUUCCUGAAAUUGCUGAUAUUAUAGGCAGACAACAAAAAUAUGGAGGUACUUACAAGAAGGAAAGAGGCAAAAAACAUAUUGUUGUGUGUGGUCACAUCACCUACGAUUCAGUGUCAAACUUCCUCAAAGACUUUCUACAUAAAGACAGGGAGGAUGUUGAUGUGGAAAUCAUUUUCCUUCAUAAACAGUUGCCUGACCUUGAACUUGAAGGAUUAUUCAAAAGGCAUUUUACACAAGUAGAAUUUUUCCAGGGAACUGUCAUGGAUGCCAAUGACCUAGAAAGGGUUAAGAUCAAAGACGCUCAUGCAUGUCUUGUGUUAGCAAACAAAUAUUGUGAUGACCCUGACCAAGAGGAUGCAUCUAACAUCAUGCGUGUAAUAUCCAUCAAGAACUAUCAUGCUGAUAUUAAAGUUAUCGUUCAGCUUCUGCAAUACCAUAAUAAGGCUUAUUUAUUGAACAUUCCAAGCUGGGAUUGGAAACGAGGAGAUGACGCUGUAUGUAUAGCUGAACUCAAGCUGGGUUUUAUAGCUCAAAGUUGUCUGGCACCCGGCUUCUCUACGCUGAUGGCUAACCUGUUUACCAUGAGGUCAUACAAACCAUCAGUGGAAAUGCCACAGUGGCAGAAUGAUUACAUGAGGGGAACAGCAAUGGAGAUGUAUACAGAAUUUUUAUCCAGCUCAUUUAAUGGCCUUACAUUUCCAGAAGCAGCAGAACUGUGUUUUGCAAAGUUAAAGCUUCUGUUACUGGCAAUAGAAGUUCGGUCAGAAGAAGGCAAGGAGAGCACACUAGCAAUCAACCCAGGACCAAAAGUGAAACUAGAGACGGCAACGCAAGGAUUCUUCAUAGCAGAGUCGGCAGAGGAAGUUAAAAGGGCCUAUUAUUACUGUAAGAGUUGCCAUAGUGAAAUAUCUGAUAUUAGAAUGAUCAAGAAAUGCAGAUGUAGACCAUGUAAGUAUUACAGAUAUACCAGCAAACUACCUUAGCAUCAUGUAUAUAUAAAUCACUGGUCAGUUAUUAAAAAAAACAUA